GUGAUGAUGCAGGAGCCGAUGGAGGGGGCGGGGCUUCGGGGCGGCCGCCGCCGGUGGGCCGCAGAUGAGGAGGAGGCGGCGGCCGCGGUGGCAGAAAAGGCGGCGGCGGCGGGGGUAGGGAGCCUGGAAACGCAAGCGGGGAUGGUAGGUGGUUUGGACCCGCCGGGCCGCCGUCGUUUCCAGAAAGGGUUUGACUGGAGGAACCUCUGGAGCAGCUGUUGGCUGGCUCCUCUAACUGAUGGCAUGUUGAAGUACACGGGCAAGCAGCAGCGAGGGCAUCUGAUCCAGAGGGGGCCACUCUAGAGGCCAGGCCAUCACCACCAUGGGCCAGUGUGUCACCAAGUGUAAGAAUCCUUCAUCAACCUUGGGCAGCAAGAAUGGAGACCGGGACCCCAGCAGUAAGUCACACAGCAGGCGCGGAGCUGGCCACCGUGAGGAACAGGUGCCACCUUGUGGCAAACCAGCUGGGGAUAUCCUUGUCAAUGGGACCAAGAAAGCAGAGGCUGCUGCUGAGGCCUGCCAGCUGCCAACAUCUUCUGGAGAUGCUGGGAGGGAGUCCAAGACCAAUGCUGAGGAGUCCUCCUUGCAGAGGUUGGAAGAACUGUUCAGGCGCUACAAGGACGAGCGGGAGGAUGCAAUCUUGGAGGAAGGCAUGGAGCGCUUUUGCAAUGACCUAUGUGUUGAUCCUACGGAAUUUCGAGUGCUGCUCUUGGCCUGGAAGUUCCAGGCUGCUACCAUGUGCAAAUUCACCAGGAAGGAGUUUUUUGAUGGCUGUAAAGCAAUAAGUGCAGACAGCAUUGAUGGGAUCUGUGCACGGUUCCCUAGCCUCUUAACAGAAGCCAAACAAGAAGAUAAAUUCAAGGAUCUCUACCGGUUUACAUUUCAGUUUGGCCUGGACUCUGAAGAAGGGCAGCGGUCACUGCAUCGUGAAAUAGCCAUCGCCCUGUGGAAACUAGUAUUUACCCAGAACAGUCCCCCUGUGUUGGACCAAUGGUUAAAUUUCCUAACAGAGAACCCCUCGGGAAUCAAGGGCAUCUCCCGGGACACUUGGAACAUGUUUCUUAACUUCACUCAGGCGAUCGGGCCCGACCUCAGUAACUACAGCGAAGACGAGGCCUGGCCGAGUCUCUUUGACACCUUUGUGGAGUGGGAAAUGGAGCGAAGGGAAAGAGAAGCAGAAGGGCGGGGUGCACUCAGCUCAGGGCCCGAGGGCUUGUGUCCAGAGGAGCAGCACUGAGGACCUGCCUGCUGCCCUGCAGCCAAGUGAGGAAUUGGACCUUUCUGGAAAUUACUGAAGAUCCGGAUAUUUUCUACUUUACACCUUUCUCUGCCUUGUAUUUGAAAGGGCUCUAAAAUGCUGUAUCAUGUUUUAGGCACUUUCUUCAUUUUUUUUGGUUAUUUUGGUUAUUUCUUUUUUGGGCGGGAAAUCCCCCAAAAUAUUUGAACCUGGCUACAUGUUGUGUACCUUUUUUUGAAGCCUUCAGAUAGAAUAAGCCUGCCAUUUCUUGCACAAAUUUAUUAGAUUUGUUUUGUUUUUGUCGGGGAGGGUGUAGGCCCGGGUGGGGAAGUGGGACUGUUAGGUUGAAUUAACAUUACAAAAUGAUACAGUGCCAGAUCUCAGUUUUGCAUAUUAUUUUUCAGGGCAGGUCUGUACUGUGUAUAGUGCUGUUUACAUGGUUGAAUUUAGGUUGUAAUAACUAUUUUAAAAAGUUGACACAGAUAUGAAUAGCAGUGUUAACUGGUAGCCGCAUUGCAUUAAUCUCCAGACAGUUGGGAGCUCUUGGAGGGCCAGGGCCAGUCAAGAGCAUUUGCAGUCCGACGCCCCCAGCCCUUUAAGCUAAUUUAUCCAAAGCCCUUUCCUCCCUCACUUCCUGCUCAUUCCUUCUUUGACCUAUUGCAUUUCAUGUUUAAUUUAUCUAUCACCAUGCUGUACCUGUCAGUCACAUGAGCAGUUUUGUUUUGUUAGAACACAUUGUACUGAAAACCACUUAAGCGUUGAAUGCAGAGAAAGCAGUGCUACCUCAGUUUUGCUGGAAGUAGACUUCUUUGAUAGUUUUCGUUGAUGUUUUUGUAUUUUCAUGUCAUAAGUGGAAAUACUGUUUUGUUUUGUUUUUUUCUUUUUCUUUUUCAUUUGCCUUGGAGCCAAAGUUUCCGUUCCGGGUGGUGAGAAAAGUGUGCCUGCCGGCCAGCUGACCUGAAAGAAAACUAUGGCAUGGAAAUCUGCUUCAAACUGGUUUUUCUUUUUUUUGUUUUUUUUUGUUUUUUGUUUUUUCUCUUUAGUUUUUGUUGAGUGUCAUCAGCUUACUUGUCUGGCAAGUGCAGAAGCCUGAGGCUGGCCUGAACUCUGCCAAACAAAUUAUCUGAGUGUACUGAAUCAUUAAAUGUGUGCCCUUUCCCUCUUUGCUGCACCCACGUUGUCACUUAACCCCCAGGAGUUAUUUAUUCUCUUUUUGUUAAUGUCAAGCUCAUUUGGGGUAAUGUGAUGACUGUUUAGGUUUACAUGACCCUCCUCUCCUUCCCUUACCCCAGGUAUGUAUAUAUACAUAUAUAAGAUA